AUGAAACGACAAGCUGACAAGGGGCGAUCAGAGCGCACAUUUGCAGUUGGCGACAUGGUAUUUCUAAAGUUUCAACCGUAUGUUCAGACAACCGUUACGCGCCGCUCCAACAACAAGCUGCCAUUCAAAUUCUUUGGGCCCUUCAAGAUCUUGCAGCGCAUUGGUGCAGUGGCGUACAAGCUGGAGUUGCUGGACUCCGCAGCAAUCCACGACGUCUUCCGUGUGUCACAAUUGAAGCUGUCCCCUAGAGCUCAGCAGGUCUCACCCUCACUUCCUAAUGAUUUGCAGCAGUUUCAGGUACCGUCGCGUGUACUUCAACGAUGCUGGACCACUGGUGAUCGACCAGUUGAACAAGGUCUCAUCCAAUGGUCGCACUCCCCACCGGAGCUCGCUACCUGGGAACCUCUUCUUCCACUACGGCUGCAGUUUCCAUGUGCACCGGCCUGGGGACACGCCGGUUCUCAAGAGGAGGAGGAUGUCAGCAACCCAGCCUCGCCUGCAGCUGCCUCCACUUCGACCCCGGCCUCCACUACCGCUCCGCCCGGGGCCUGGCCCAGAAGGAUCAGGAAGCCCAGCUCCCGCUACACCGGUUCAACCUGGAGCAAGUAG